CUUCUCUUCUAUCUCCACCAUGAGCACCUCUACAAAGACCUCUCCCUUGAUCGAUGCUUCUCCCAAUUCAAAGGAAAGCUUCAGUAACGAGCCUUUGCAUUCCAGUGGAAACAACCAUGGCUUAUCCAGCAGCCUGAAUUUACACAGUGACCUUCUCAAAGCCAGUGAGCUGAAAAAGGCUGUUUCGAUAUUCGAAGUGGCUACUGAUUUAGAGACCCUUUUAGGUAACCUAUUGAAAAAAGUUGAAGAGUCUGACCUGGAAAUAAACAAUAAUAUUGAAAAAAUAACCAAAAAAUUGACUGACAUGGAACUCAAAAUAAGAAAAACCGAGAAUGAGUCUAUCUCAAACAUAAAUCCAUCUUCCCUUCCUGCUGGAUCUGAGGAAAUAACAAUCUCAUAAGCCGACCUAGUUUUCUUUUCAUAAAAUUUAUUUCAUCUUUUUUACUUUGCAAAAUUAACUCUUCUUCAUUAACUCUCUUCCUCAUUCUGAGAAAAAAUUACCCGGC